AUGGCGAACAAAGAAUUAUUCUCCAAAUCAGCUUUGGACGAGGUAUCUGGACCUCUGCCUGAUAACCCGGAAGGAUCGGAGACGAAGGAAGUCUGCAAAUCCGAGUCUAAUAAUGGUAAAAGGCCACCUCCUUUGAAGGCGCGUCUGUUCGCGGUCGCCCUGAUCGCAUGCAUCAGUUUUGGUUCGCACUGGAGUUCUGGCGUGACUAGUGCCAUGAAGAGCACCAUUAAAAAGAAAAUGGAUAUCGACAACGUUCAGUUCGCGCUGCUGGAAGCAAGUGAAGACUUCAUGGCUACUGUCCUCCUUCUGCCUAGUGGUUUACUUACCGACCGUGUUGGAGGUGCUGAAAUGAUCGUUUACGGAAACAUCGUCUACACCAUCGGGUCUAUCCUAGUCGCAGCUGCGGCAACGGUGCGAUCGUUCAAAUUUAUGAUUGGAGGUAGAAUUAUUCUGGCUUUCGGUGAUAUUGCAACACAGAUUGCGCAGUAUAAGAUGUUCUCGUCUUGGUUUGCGCCGAGCAAUGGGUUCGCAUCGACUCUGGCAUUUGAGUUGGCUAUUGGCAAAGUCGGUGGGUUUAUUGGCAAGUCUACUGCCAACAUUAUCGCCACGAACACGGGAAACUUCGCCUGGUCGUUCUGGACUUCUGUUUUCAUGAACCUCUUCACUAAUGCGGCCACCGCGGUGUUCUGGUUAUUCGGUAAAUAUAGCGAGCGAAACUUCAGUGGGCGGCGGGACAAUGCGACGAAUGAACAGCUUACGGAGAAGAACAAGAAAUUCGAGCUGCAAAAAGUGUUCGAACUUCCGUGGAUGUUUUGGGCAGUUCUGGCGUUUUCGCUUUUCCAGACUAGCACUGCUUCGGCUUUCAGCACAAACGUCACGGAACUGGCCGAGCAACGGUUUGAUGUCAGUUCCAUCGACGCAGGAUGGUACAGCUCGUUGUCAGAGUAUGCGGGUUGCCUGUUGGUCCCAAUCUUAGGUGUGUUUAUCGAUGUUCUUGGACACCGAGCAUCUGUUAGUACGUCACAUUCCACCUCCAAUGUCAGCGCAAUCAUUGACCUUGAAACAGUGUUCACUUGCGGACUUGGAAUGCUGCUCAGCAUGGCCCUUCUCAACUUUACCCCGUCUAAAGCUGGCACUGGGGCAUCUUUCGGCAUCUAUGCCAUCGCGAUGUCAUUCGGCCCGACAUCUGUUAUCGACGGUAUCCGCACGACUCUCUGGAACCAGUCCGUGUUUGGGUCGGCUUAUUCCCUCAAGGUCACAAUGAAUAACGCCAUGAGCAUCAUUCUUCGUAUCAUAACGGGUGCCCUCCAAGAUGCCGAUAACAACUCUUAUGAUCGUGUGGUGCAGGUGUACCUCUUCAUGGCUGCCGGGUCACUGGUUGUCGGAAGCGCCCUUCUGGUCGGAUCAAUCGUGAGCCAGUACCUGGCGCCACUCCAAUGGACUCGUCAGAAGAGACUAAUGUCGGGUGCCGCGAUCAUCCAAGCCAACAAGGAGCGCGCCCUAGUGACGCAUGCCGAGCGAACCCGAGUAAUUUCAAUCGGCUGUUUUGGAGCGCUAAUGUUAGUGACAGUGGGCGGAUGGGUGGCGUAUAUUUGGGGAGCCAUCACCGGCCAUAAUUCUUAG